AGACUGAGAGGGUACACGUACUACAACACAAGUGUGUAUAUAGAUAGAUCGGAUCACAAACAGAAGAGUGAAACCAUUUGCGUGAUUACCCGCCAAGAGGCCGUUAAUCUCUAACCGACUCAAACCCCCUAAAACCUCACAAAGAAAGCAAAGUGGGAAUUAUGUCAUUCCCAAGAGCCAUAGUAACUCGGCCUCUGCUUCCACUACUCUUCUCGACCACUCUUACUAAACCCUUCAUCAAAACCUCUCGCCCACUCCCUUCAAUGCGUCCCUUCACCGCCUUCGCCUCUCUCCCUGCUUCCCAACAAGUCGGUGAGCCGUCCACUCCGGCAUUCCCAGCUCCGAAAAGGAGCGGCGAGAGGUGGAAGCCCAUGUGCUUGUACUACACACAAGGGAAGUGCACCAUGAUGGAGGAUCCUGCCCACAUGGAGAAGUUCAAUCAUGAUUGCUCCAGAGAUCUUCAAGUGAAAAAUUCCAUGUCAAACCUCAUUUGCUCUCAGCACUUGGAUUAUUUUCUUGUGCUUGAUCUGGAGGGAAAAAUUGAAAUUCUUGAGUUUCCAGUUCUAAUCAUUGAUGCAAAAACCAUGAAUGUUGUUGAUUUUUUUCACAGGUUUGUAAGGCCAACGGAGAUGAGCGAGAAAAGGAUAAAUGAAUAUAUUGAAGGAAAGUAUGGCAAAUUUGGAGUCGACCGUGUUUGGCAUGACACAGCUAUACCAUUUAAGGAUGUUCUUCAACAAUUUGAAGAAUGGUUAACUCUGCAUCAACUGUGGAGAGAAGAGGUGGGCGGGUGUCUUAAUCAAGCAGCAUUCGUAACUUGUGGAAACUGGGAUUUGAAAACAAAAGUUCCUGAACAAUGCAAAGUGGCAAAGGUGAAGCUUCCGUCAUAUUUUAUGGAAUGGAUCAAUCUCAAAGAUGUCUAUCUAAAUUUUUACAAGAGAAGGGCCACAGGAAUGAUGACAAUGAUGAAGGAACUUCACAUGCCAUUGUUGGGAAGUCACCAUCUUGGAUUUGAUGACUCAAAGAACAUAGCAAGGGUGUUGCAACACAUGCUUGCUGAUGGUGCAAUACUGCAGAUUACAGCUAGGAGGGAUCAUAAUUCUCCUGAGAAGGUUGAAUUUCUAUUCAAGAACAGAAUAAGGUAACUGUUGGCACCAAGGCUGUUAGAGCUUCAGUGAAGCAAAUCUGUUGGUGAUAAAAGUCUUCUCUUUAUUUUAUUUUUUUAAAUUUUUUUCUGGGUAAUCAUCUCUAGUUACUGGACCAAGGAAUUUGCCCAUAUAUAGGGUUUAAAACUGUGUUUAGGUUUCAUUUCGAUCUUGUCAAAAUAUUACCAAAUAUAUGUGUUCUCCAUGGGCAUCUCAACCUCCCAAUCAAGCGGGGACUUGGCUUAGCGUAUCACUGAAGUUCAUUGUGAAUAGUAUGUUUUUCUUUUGAAUGUUGGAAUGAUUAUAAUGAAGAGCAGUGCCUUUUCUUUUCUA